AUGUCAGUACCAAAAGCGGUAACUCCGAGCUACACUCGGGCUUACCAUGCGGCGCUGCAUAGGGAGUCCCUGCAGAGCUUACUUUGUCCUUCGCUCCCGCGAUGUGUCCCCUGCAGCGUCCCCGGCCAUGUCCUCCGGCUGAUGCCGGCAUCCGGCUUCUGUGUUCCAGUCCCUGUGACGUCGGGACGUACGGGCGCCGCCGGCGGCAGGAAAUUUGAAAAUUUUAAAAAAAUGUCAUUUUUUUUCAAAACGAUUUUACAUAUGCUUUGUCCGGCGCCCUGCCUGCAUUUUUACUGUUCUUUC